UUGAGACUCAGACACACAGGUCUUCCAUGGCUCAUUACCACAUCCGCAAAUACCAGGAGAGUGACCGCACCUGGGUCCUGGGCUUGCUUUCCCGGGGCAUGGCUGAGCAUGUUCCCCGCACCUUCCACCACCUCCUGAAGCUGCCAAGAACACUUGCGCUCUUGCUUGGGGGGCCCCUUGCCCUGUUUCUGGUCUCUGGUUCCUGGCUCCUGGUUCUCGUGGCCAACCUCACCUUGCUCAUCGCCUUGAGGUUCCUUGCCCAAUACCCUUGGAGUCAGUUUGUGGCCAAUAGUUUGCACACAGACAUGUGUGACAUCAGCAAAUCCUACUUCAGUGAGCCGGGCUCCUGCUUCUGGGUGGUUGAGUGUGAGGGGCAGGUGGUGGGCAUGGUGGGAGCUCUGCCCACUGAGGAGUCCACCCUGCGGAAGGAGCAGUUGCAGAUGCUCCACUUAAACGUGGCCUUGGAGCACCGGCGCCAGGGCAUAGCGAAGGCCCUGGUCAGGACUGUCCUCCAGUUUGCAGCACACCAGGGCUACAGAGAAGUUGUCCUCACCACCAGCAUGCUGCAGCAUGCCGCCCUGGCCCUCUACCAGCGCCUUGGCUUCCAGACCACCCGCCAGUACUUCUUCAGCAAGAGCUGGGCUGUGAUCGCUGUCCCUGAAUUUCAAUUAACCUACUGGCUGCCCUCUGCUCAGGGCUGUCAGGCACCAGGGCAGAGAGGGGCCUGUGAUCUGUUUCCUGAUUGGUUAGGACAGCCCUGCAGCAGUAACAAGCGAACCCUGAGAUCUCACUAUGACAGCACAGUAACUGAGUUUGUUUGUUAG